AAAUAUUCACUCAGUUACUCUUGUGCAACGUUUGCUUGUCCAAAACCUUCUGGUUAUCCUCUGCUUCUCACAGAGGGCUCACAUAUUCACCAUGGAGGUACAUAUGCCUCCUCUUUUCUAUCUGCUGCUGUGCUUGUGUUGUUUUGCCAAGGGAGAUAACAGACAGAGAUUUCUAAUUACAGCUCCAAGUGUGUUUCACGUUGGUGUGAGAGAACGCAUAAUGAUUCAGGUGGGGGACUCAUUGCUCGGCAAGUCCGUGUCCUGUCAGUUACAAACAGAGAAGCGGGUUCCCAUGUCAGCAAGUGCAAGCAAAACAAUCACCCAAAAAGGACAGUUUGAAACAGUGGAGCUUGAGAUAUUGGCAAAUGAGGUUUCAAACCUAAAAUCUACCAAUGGAGAGCCUCCCUACCUCAAUUUGGUGUGUGAAGUUAAUGGUGAGAAAUGGCAGACCCGUGUCCUGGUCUCCCAAAAAAGUGGCUACAUCUUCAUUCAGACAAACCAACCCAUAUACAACCCCACACAGAAAGUUUUGUUCAGGAUCUUUACUCUGGAUCACACUAUGCGGCCAAAAUCAGAGAUAAUUCACGUUUCUGUACUUAAUGCUGAAGGGAACAAAAUCAAGAAAUCUCAGUACAAAGUUCCAAAUGGCAUUCUUGCACAGAACUUCAAUAUCCCUGAUGUUUCAAAACCUGGUAUUUGGAAGAUUACAGCACAUUACAAAGGUGAUGAGAGAAAUGCUGCAGUGCGUGAAUUCAAGGUUCAAAAGUUUGUUCUUCCCAGCUUUGGGGUUUCUGUUCAGCCAGAGAAAGGAUUUCUGCUUGUGAAUGCUGAGACAUUUACAAUCACAAUUCAAGCCUCAUACACAUAUGGAAGGACCAUUAAAGGUAGUUUCCACUGUCGGUUUGGGGUAAAAGAGGAGGACUCGGAUAAUAAAGAUGACCAAAUCAAGUUCAUUAAAGGACUGGAGCAAACUGGAUCUGUGCAAAAAGGCCACGCUGAGGUUACGGUUAAAGUUUCAGACCUCAACCAGAAACUGAAGGAUUUAACACUGAAUACUUUGGCAGCAACUAAGGCCCAUUUCUACAUUGCUGUCACUGUCACGGACAUUUUAAGUGGUGAAGUGCAGGAAUCAGAGGUUUUCCUUCCCAUUGUUUCGAGUCCAUAUAUUGUGGACCUGUCCCGGACAAGAUCAUACUUCAUACCUGAAAUUCCAUUUGAAGUGGUGGUCAUGGUUCGUCACCCAAAUGGUUCCCCAGCCACAGAUGUCCCAGUGAAAUUAGAUGUGUCAAGCACGGCAGAAAAGUCCUGCAUUAUUACAACUAAUAAAGAGGGAGCAGCAUUUUACAACUUCAAUUUAAAAGAAACACCACAUUCCAUUUCAGUGGAGGCAAUGGUAGGGGGUUUCAAGUCAACCAAAAAAGUGCACCUGAUCAGAACCUCAAAUAGCUUCCUGUCUCUAAGUGUGACUAAUGGUGUACUGUCACCCGGAGCAUUUCUGGAUGUCACAAUUAAUGUCAUUAAUGGUAAACCGGAGGAUGGACAAUUAUAUUACAUGGUACUCAGUAGAGGCACACUGAGAAAAGCAGGAUCGGUUGCUUCAAGUCAUCUGGUAAAAAUAAACAUCUAUUUAACUCCGGACAUGAUCCCGUCUUUAAGAGUGAUCGGCUACUAUUAUGACACGAAUGGUGACAUCAUUGCAGACUCAGUGUGGGUUGAUGUAGAGGACAUGUGUGAGGGGAAGCUUAGCAUAAAGCUUGCUGGUUCUCAGCAUGAUUAUGAGCCAGGAAAAACAGCUGAACUUGAAGUUGACGUAGGACCACAGAAAAAUGCAAAAGUGGCCUUACUAGUAGUGGACAAAGCCAUUUACUCUCUGGGUACUCAAAACAAAAUCACUGCAAAACAGGUGUUUGCCUCCAUGCAGUCCUAUGACCUGGGUUGUUCAUAUGGGGGUGGAGAGAACACAGCUGCCGUUUUUAAUGAUGCUGGUCUGACAUUUAUCUCCCACUCCAACACAGUCCGUUCAAAGAUGAGAAAAGGUUUCAGCUGUGAGUCUGGUUUUAGACGAAACAAACGCAAUAUAGAUAUUCAAACAGAAAUGGCUAGAAAAGAGACUGCGUUUAAGAUAGCUGAGCUGCAGAAAUGUUGUCGCCAUGGCUUCACCCUGAUUCCUAUGAAGCUCACCUGUGAGGACAGAGCGAAAAAAGUGAGCAAAACGAACAAUAAAGCCUGCGUGGAUGCCUUCCGAGAAUGCUGUGAGUUUGCAACCAAGCUAAGAAACAAAAAGAGGAGAGAGGACAUGAGGAAAGCGCAUGGCCGAACUGCUGAUGUUGAUGAAAUUGAGGAUUUCUUUGACAACAACAAAGAUAUUCGCAGAUAUUUCCCUCCAAGCUUUGAAUUUAGGGAGAUUGAUGUGAAAGGAAAAACUAUACACAAAAUCUAUACACCUGACUCUAUCACAACUUGGGAGAUCCAGGCUCUCAGCUUGUCUCCAUCCCAUGGUUUUUGUGUGGUGGAGCCUGUUGACCUUCAUGUAUUUAAGCAUCUGUUUAUUUCCUUGAGGCUUCCCUAUUCUGUCAAAUGCUUUGAACAGCUGGCUAUAGUUGUGGUGAUAUUUAAUUAUAGCAAGUUGGAACGAGAGCUUAUAGUUCAUAUGAAACAAGUGGAAGGUCUUUGUUCACCCGGGGCAUCGUCUACCUCUUCCUAUGUCAGAAUCAAUCUGGACCCAGAGUCCUCCCAGACAGUAACUUUCCCUGCUGUUCCCAUGAAAACAGGCGAAAUCCCUAUCAUUAUUGAACUUUAUGAUAAAGAAGACUAUAAACUAUUGGAUGCCAUUCAAAAGAUGCUCUUGGUAAAGAAUGAGGGAGUGGUAAUAAGAGACGAGCAAACUUAUUUUAUUAAUCUGAAUGGUAGAAGUGACAAAACCUUCUUUAUCAAUGGACUUUUCCCAAACAACACGGUUCCUGAAACAGACGUCAACCUGUUCGUCAAACUAGAAGAAGAACUAUUUGGCCAGUCCACUGCUGUUCCCUUACUGUCCCCAUCCAAUGUGGAAAAUCUGAUCCGGCCUCCUCAUGGCUGUGCAGAGCAAACUAUGAUUCGUAUGUCUCCGACUGCUUUGUCAAUUAGGUACCUGGACAACAGCAACGGCUGGCUAGAUCUGGAAGCAGGGUCCAGAGACAAGGCACUGGAUUUCAUUGAGAAAGCUUAUGAAAGAAUUUUGACUUUCCAAAAGCCUGAUGGAUCCUACGGAGCUUGGCGAGACUAUCCAACAAGCACAUGGUUGACUGCACUGGUGGUGAAAGUGUUGUCUCUUGUGGCUGAUCGACAGUUAGAAACUAGAGAACAGAGAGGAACAACAGAAAAGGCCAUUUCACAGGAGGACAUCCGCAAAGCAGUUACAUAUCUAAUAAAAACACAGAGCCUAGAUGGGUCCUUUUCCGAUUCUAAUCCAGUCAUUCAUAGGGAAAUGCAGGGCGGUAUUGGGGGAGUUGAGCAAGAUGCCUCUUUAACAGCUUUCAUAACCAUUGCUCUCCAACGCUCUAUCCCUUUCUUGGACAGAGAGAUAGACGAUGUGAAAAACAGCAUAUCUCGUGCCACUGACUUCCUCCUUGCACGGGUUGAUGAUUUAAAGAGAUCAUACGCCUUAGCCAUUACAGCAUACUGUUUGUCUACCUGUCUUCCCAACCAACCUCGAGCACUGUCAGCUUUGGAGAAACUCAAAAGUCUGGCAAGAAAAGAGGGCGAUUGUCUUGUUUGGCGAGAUGAUGAGAAGAUGAUAUUGGUAAAUGAGGCUCAGCCAUACAAGGUGCCCUCUGGAGUGGCAUUAGUUGUAGAGACCACAGCAUACGCUCUCCUGACCUCACUCGCACUUAAAGACUUACAGACAGCACAUGAUGCUGCAUGCUUCUUGACUUCACAAGAGAAUUACGAAGGAGGUUUCAAAUCAACGCAGGACACUAUUGUGGCUUUGGAAGCCCUCUCAGAGUAUGCAAUGAGUAUACCAGAACCCCCCAUGACUAAAAUAAAUGCCCAGUUCACAAUUCCAGGGAGGUCUGAGAUGGAGAAGCUGCUUUUGGAAAACAGCGAAAAGAAAGUGGAAGCGGAAUUAAAGAAACUGGUGGGAAACAGCAUAAAUGUAAAGCUUUCUGGAGAAGGAAAAGCUAAAAUGAAGGUGGCAAAGGCAUAUCAUACUCUUAAGGAGGACAUCGACUGCACUGAUGUAUCAAUAAGUGUUUCUAUAGUGGGAAAAGUGGAAUACACAGCUCAUGUAGAAGAAAAUUACAAUUACUAUGAGGACUAUGAAGCGGAGGAGAGGAAGGAAGAGGAAGAUCGCCCUCUCUCCGGCAUUGAGUGGUUUGAUGCUCGCAGCAGACAGAAAAGAGACACCACACAAAACAUACAGAAUGAAAUUAUCUAUCAAGUGUGUAUCAGUCACGCUCAGGGGAGGAACCUCUCUGGAAUGGCCAUUGCUGACAUCACGCUUCUUAGUGGCUUUGAUGCAGUCGUUGCAGACCUGGACAAGCUGAAAGAUCUAGUCGAUGCAUAUAUUUCUCACUAUGAGAUCACACAAGGAAGAGUCCUGUUGUACUUCAAUGACAUGGAUGAAAGUGAGACCUGUAUAGCAUUUGGAGCAAUGCAAAGCGUGCCCAUCGGUUUAGUUCAACCAGCUCCUGCUACGUUUUAUGAUUACUAUGAGCCAGACAGGAGAUGCUCGGUGCUCUACAGUGCUCCCAAGAGGAGCAAGAUGGUUUCUGUCCUGUGCUCAGCUGAUGUAUGCCAAUGUGCAGAAAGAGGUUGUUUCACAGAGAGGAAAACGCUGGAGAUGAACAUUACCAAAAAGGAUAGAUUUGAUUAUGCUUGUUACCGGUCUAUAAUUGAUUAUGCUUAUGAGGUCAUUGUGGAUUCAGUUGCCGAAAAGAGCAACUUUGUACUAUACUCAACAACUGUGAGAGUGGUCCUACGAAACUUGGGAGACAUAACUGUCAGCCCAGACAGCAUGCGGGUGUUUGCCAAGAGGAAGCACUGCAAGAGUGAGCUGAAAGAGAAGAACAUAUAUCUCAUCAUGGGUAAUGAUGGCCCCACCAGAGACUCUGAUGGAAACAUGCAGUAUCUAUUGGAUUCAAACACAUGGGUUGAGAUGAAGCAAUCGCUCUCCACAUGCAAAGCAUCAGUCAACAGACUUUACUGCAAGGAACAGAAAGAUUUUGUGAAAGAAUAUCAAGCUGAUGGAUGUAACCUGUAGUCUGUGAUAAAAUUUGGGGCCAUUUAAUUACUUAUUUCAGCUCAAAGGCUUUGAGGUUAUUCUAAACCUGAAUACCUAACUAAACUAAAAUGGCUUUUCUUGGUUGCUAAAGAUUAUGAUGACUGAGAACAUUGUAACCAUGUUCAUGUUGUAAUGUCUCAUUUUAACAGUGCUUUGCUUUUAUAAAUGGUCCUUCACA